AUGUCUUUCCCCUCUACAAGCAAACUUCAGUCCUUUCCUUCCAAGCCUCGCGUGUUCAUCCUUUCAGACAUCUCCAACGAGCCUGAUGACGCCGAAUCCCUGGUCCGCUACCUUCUGUACUCAAACCAGUUUCAAACGGAGGGACUUGUAGCCGUGACUUCAACAUGGAUGAAAACAAAGGUUUGUCCGCAAGACAUGGAGAAGAUCAUAGAUGCGUACGAAGGCGCAGUGAGCAAUCUCAAUGCACAUGCGCAUCCAGACUCUCAAUACCCCUCUGCCCAGUAUAUGAGGGGUCUUAUACGGAAAGGAGCGGAGACUUAUGGCAUGACCGCUGUAGGAGAGGACAUCCCGCUUAGUGAUGGCGGUAAACUUCUCUUGGAGAGGAUCAAAGCUCCGACGGACGAGCCCUUGUGGGUGCUUUGCUGGGGCGGAACGAAUGCUCUGGCGCAGGUCUUGCUUAAGAUCAAGAACCAAGAGUCAGCACCCGACGCCGCCCGUUUACGCAAGAAACUGCGAGUCUACGCGAUAUCCGACCAAGAUGACACGGGAGCCUGGAUUCGCAGCAACUUCCCCGACGUCUUCUACAUCUCCUCAGUCCAUGGCUGGAAUCAGUACGGCUUAGCUGCAUGGACUGGGAUAUCGGGAGACAAGUAUUACGGGUUCGACGAGGGUGGGCCGGACUUCUCUAAGCUGACGAAGGAGUGGAUCAAAGAGAAUAUCCAGAUCGGACCGCUGGGGUCAGCAUAUCCGGAUUACCUGUUUAUCCCUGAAGGAGACACGCCUACAUUCCUCUAUCUCAUCCAGAACGGACUUGGUGUACCCGAGCACCCCGAUUAUGGUUCUUGGGGCGGCCGCUAUGCUCUAACGGAUAUCAGCAAGAGCGGCUUGAGCAGCAAGCAUUAUAGCGAUGCUGUCGAUCGCGUCACGGGCGCUGACGGUAGGAGAUACGCUUCGAACCACGCUACCAUCUGGAGAUGGCGGGAUGCGUUCCAGAAUGAUUUUGCGGCUCGUAUCCAAUGGACGCUCUCAGGAGAUCUCGGGAAAGCAAACCAUCAUCCGGUCAUAUCCAUCAACGGUCACGGCGGAGUGGCACCCUUGCAAAUCGAGCAGGAAGCCGGUUCAACCAUAGUGCUUGAUGCAAGCUCGACCUACGAUCCGGACGAGGAUGACAAGCUGACGUUCAAUUGGUUUCACUACCGAGAGCCUAGCGCUACACAGUGGUGGGUUGAAGCCGAAGUGACUGAGCUUGGGAUCAAGAAACUCGAUUCGGAGGGCCGGAAGGUUGAGGUGCAGUUGCCGGGCCCGGAAAAAUGCGCCGUGGAGCUUAUGAGCAGGAAGGCUGUCUCCCGAGGGCAGCUGUUGCAUCUCAUUCUCGAGGUCAAGGAUAGUGGGACGCCUCCUUUGACGAGUUAUCGGAGAGUGUUGAUCCAGACUACUAAUAAGGACUUGAGAGGAGGCGGGGAAGGGGCUGAUGCGAUUGGAGACGCGAUGGGAAACAUGUAA